GAUCAUCGCUAUCCUUCCCUCUUUCCACGACUCUCUCUCUCUGUUUCGCUCCGUUUCGGCAAAACUCCUCCUUGAUCUCUAUCUUGGAUUCAAUUUUCGCCAUGCGGUUUCUCUGAUUCACCUGCAUAAACAUCCGCUCCCAUUCUCCAGUCCCUUAAUUCCGAUUCGGAUGAUUUUCGCAUUCGCUGAACCAAUCGCAGAUUAGCUAGGGUUUUCGAUUCGAUCUGAAAACGACCGAAUUGAAUGUAAAAUCUCUCUCCCCAAAUUUUCAGAGCUGGGGGCAAAUCAGUCUCGGCCUCACCGAACCCCGGCGGAGGCGGCAGCACUAUUAUACUACUCCUCGCGGCAGCAGCAGCAUCAACAUCAGCAGCAGGGAUUCUGGUCCUUCCUCAGCAGCCUUCAGCAUGCGCCACGUGUCCCCACUCUCGCCUACCUCCCCCAGGUCGAAUCCGUAAUCAGCUACGCCUCCGAUCUCAACCGCCCCGUCCACCUCCGUCCUCCGCCCAUCAUGGAAUCUACCUCCGCUGGCGCUGUCGCCGCGCGCUCCUCCUCCGGCUCUGCCGCACCAGCUCCACUCGAGGAGCCCGAGUACCUCUGCCGGUACAUGGUCGUGAAGCACUCCUGGCGCGGCCGGUAUAAGCGGAUACUGUGCAUAUCCAGCGUCUCCAUUGUCACGCUCGACCCGUCCUCGCUCUCUGUUACGAACUCAUACGACGUCGCCACUGAUUUCGAGGGUGCCGCACCGGUCCUUGGACGUGACGAUAAUUCGAAUGAGUUCAGUGUGAGCGUGAGAACCGAUGGAAGGGGGAAGUUCAAGGCGAUAAAGUUCUCGUCCAGGUAUAGGGCGAGUAUUCUGACAGAGAUGCAUCGGAUAAGGUGGAAUAGGUUGGCGCCGGUGGCUGAGUUCCCGGUGCUGCAUCUUCGACGGCGGGCGUCUCAAUGGGUCCCUUUUAAACUUAAGAUAACCUAUGUUGGUGUUGAACUUAUUGACACAAAAUCUGGUGACCUUCGCUGGUGCUUGGAUUUUAGAGACAUGGAUUCUCCUGCAAUUAUUAUUCUUUGUGAUGCAUUUGGUAAGAAAAAUGUUGAUCAUGGGAGUGGUUUUAUCCUUUGCCCUUUAUAUGGAAGGAAAUCUAAAGCUUUCCAAGCUGCCUCUGGGUGCACAAAUUCAGCUAUUAUUGCGAACUUGACAAAAACUGCAAAAUCCACUGUUGGGUUGUCCUUGUCUGUGGAGAGUUCCCAAACUCUUACAAUCUCUGAGUAUAUAAAACAAAGGGCAAAAGAGGCAGUUGGAGCCGAAGAUACCCCUUUGGGAGGUUGGUCUGUAACUAGGUUGCGUUCUGCUGCCCAUGGAACUCUGAAUGUUCCAGGAUUGAGCUUAGGAGUUGGUCCAAAAGGAGGACUUGGUGAACAUGGUGAUGCCGUAUCUCGACAGCUCAUUCUUACAAAGGUGUCACUCGUGGAAAGGCGUCCUGAGAAUUACGAAGCUGUUACUGUUCGUCCUUUGUCUUCAGUAAGCGCCCUUGUUCGGUUUGCCGAAGAACCCCAGAUGUUUGCAGUUGAAUUCAGUGAUGGAUGUCCUAUCCAUGUUUAUGCAAGCACAUCUCGCGAUAGCUUACUUGCAGCUGUUCGUGAUGCAAUUCAAACUGAAGGUCAAUGUGCCAUACCUGUAUUGCCAAGGCUGACAAUGCCUGGUCACCGGAUUGAUCCUCCCUGUGGAAGAGUUUAUUUGCAAUAUGGUCAGCAAAAGCCAGUUGCUGAUGCUGAAAGUGCUGCAAUGCAUUUGAAACAUUUAGCAGCUGCUGCCAAGGAUGCUGUUGCUGAAGGUGGUUCCAUUCCUGGAUCAAGAGCUAAACUAUGGCGAAGAAUAAGGGAGUUCAAUGCAUGUAUACCUUUUAGUGGUGUGCCUUUAAACAUUGAAGUGCCAGAGGUUACCUUGAUGGCCUUGAUUACUAUGCUUCCUGCGGUCCCAAAUCUUCCUCCAGAAUCUCCUCCUUUGCCACCCCCGUCACCAAAAGCUGCUGCAACUGUGAUGGGUUUUAUUGCUUGUUUACAUCGACUACUUGCAUCAAGAAGCGCUGCAUCACACGUGAUGUCUUUUCCAGCAGCAGUUGGAAGGAUAAUGGGUUUGCUUAGAAAUGGUUCAGAGGGUGUUGCAUCGGAAGCUGCCGGGCUUGUUGCAGCACUCAUUGGUGGUGGGCCUGGUGAUGCUAAUGUGAUGGAUUCUAAAGGAGAGUGGCAUGCAACAAUCAUGCAUACGAAGUCAGUAUUGUUUGCUAAUCAGAGUUAUGUCAUUAUUCUUGUCAACAGAUUGAAGCCUAUGUCAGUAUCACCUUUGCUGUCAAUGGCUGUGGUUGAAGUGCUUGAGGCUAUGAUUUGUGAUCCACAUGGGGAAACUACUCAAUAUAAUGUUUUUGUUGAGUUGUUGCGCCAAGUUGCUGGGUUAAAGCGUCGUUUGUUUGCACUAUUUGGUCAUCCUGCCGAAAGUGUUAGAGAAACAGUAGCUGUUAUUAUGCGAUCAAUUGCUGAAGAAGAUGCUAUUGCUGCGGAGUCCAUGCGAGAGGCUUCUCUGCGUGAUGGUGCUUUGUUGAGGCAUUUAUUGCACGCUUUUUUCCUUCCUGCUGGUGAACGCCGUGAAGUUAGUCGACAACUUGUUGCUCUUUGGGCGGAUUCCUAUCAACCCGCUUUGGAGCUAUUGUCUCGAAUUCUGCCUCCCGGACUUGUUGCUUAUUUGCAUACACGCUCUGAUGGAGUUCAAGAUGAAGAAACGAAUCAAGAGGAGUCAUCAAUUGGGAGAAGAAAAAGACGCUUACUUCAGCAGAGGAAAAGUCGCAUCGGGAGAGGACUAACCUCUCAAGAACAACCCUUCGCUUCAGCUAAUAAUUUUGAUGUUUCAGAUUCGGGUAGACAGACAGGGAGUGCCAUUAUUAGGGGCUCAGACAACUACCAUAGAGCUGCUCUUGAGCCAAGCUCUGGACAGGCUUCAGAUAUUCAAUCUUCUGUUGUUCAUACUAAUGAAAAUUUGUCCAGUGGAUCUCCUACAGCAGUCACACAAAAUGGGUAUUCAACUGUUGUUGCUUCAGCUACUUGUCCAUCUGCAAACUCAAAUGAAGCAACGGUACCUGAUUUAUCAAAUUCAGUUGCUCCUGAUGGCAAUGCAGUUGGCUUGCAGAAUGCAGAUGUUCCAGCUCCUGCUCAAGUUGUGGUGGAGAACACUCCCGUGGGUUCUGGUCGGCUUCUAUGUAACUGGCCUGAAUUCUGGCGAGCGUUUGGUCUUGAUCACAAUCGUGCAGAUUUGAUUUGGAAUGAGCGUACUAGGCAAGAGUUAAGAGAAUCUUUGCAAGCUGAAGUCCAUAAACUAGAUGUUGAAAAAGAGCGUACUGAAGAUAUUGUUCCUGGGGGUGCUAUCCUUGAAAUGGCAACAGGGAUUGAGAAUGUCCCGCAAAUAUCUUGGAACUAUGCUGAAUUUUCCGUUCGUUACCCAAGCCUGUCAAAAGAAGUUUGUGUGGGCCAAUAUUAUCUGCGUCUCCUGCUUGAGAGUGGCAGUGGUGGCAGGGCACAAGACUUCCCGUUGCGUGAUCCAGAUGCUUUCUUUAGAGCACUUUACCAUCGUUUUUUAUGUGAUGCAGACACAGGGCUUACCGUAGAUGGGGCUGUUCCUGAUGAACUAGGUGCAUCAGAUGAUUGGUGUGAUAUGGGUAGACUAGAUGGUUUUGGUGGUGGUGGUGGUUCAUCAGUGAGAGAGCUUUGUGCAAGGGCAAUGGCAAUUGUAUAUGAGCAGCACUACAAGACUGUUGGUCCUUUUUCAGGCACUGCUCACAUUACCGUUCUCCUGGAUAGGACAGAUGACAGAGCUCUGAGACACAGACUUCUUUUUCUUUUGAAGGCUUUGAUGAAGGAUUUAGCUAAUGUAGAGGCUUGUGUUCUAGUUGGAGGCUGUGUAUUAGCUGUCGAUCUUCUUACAGUGGUCCAUGAAGCUUCGGAGAGGACAGCUAUUCCUUUGCAAUCAAAUUUGAUUGCUGCUACGGCUUUCAUGGAGCCACUCAAGGAAUGGAUGUAUAUCGACAGAGAAGGUGCUCAAAUUGGACCUGUGGAAAAAGAUGCUAUUAGAAGGUUAUGGUCCAAGAAGGCUAUUGAUUGGACAACAAGGUGUUGGGCCUCUGGGAUGCUAGAUUGGAAGAAGUUGCGUGAUAUUCGUGAGCUUCGCUGGGCACUUGCCCUUAGAGUUCCUGUCCUUACCCCACCUCAGGUUGGAGAUGCAGCUUUGUCCAUAUUGCAUAGCAUGGUGUCUGCACAUUCAGAUUUAGAUGAUGCUGGAGAAAUUGUUACUCCAACUCCUAGAGUAAAACGAAUCUUGUCAAGUCCACGUUGCCUUCCUCACAUUGCACAGGCCAUUCUCUCUGGGGAACCAAGUAUUGUUGAGGCAGCUGCUGCAUUGUUGAAGGCCAUUGUUACCAGGAAUCCCAAAGCCAUGAUACGUCUAUACAGCACCGGUGCAUUUUAUUUUGCACUGGCUUAUCCAGGAUCUAAUCUACUUUCAAUUGGGCAACUGUUUGCCGUCACCCAUGUCCACCAAGCAUUUCAUGGUGGCGAAGAGGCUGCGGUUUCAACUUCAUUGCCUUUGGCAAAACGUAGUGUUCUUGGUGGACUUCUUCCUGAAUCUUUGUUGUAUGUAUUGGAGCGCAGUGGUCCAGCAGCAUUUGCUGCAGCAAUGGUAUCAGAUUCUGACACUCCUGAGAUAAUAUGGACUCAUAAAAUGAGGGCAGAAAAUUUAAUACGUCAGGUUUUGCAACACCUUGGUGAUUUUCCACAGAAAUUGUCACAGCAUUGCCAUGUUUUAUAUGACUAUGCUCCAAUGCCUCCAGUUACAUACCCUGAACUUAGAGAUGAAAUGUGGUGUCAUCGUUAUUACCUGAGGAAUCUAUGCGAUGAGAUCCGCUUUCCAAAUUGGCCUAUUGUUGAGCAUGUAGAGUUUCUGCAGUCUUUACUUGUAAUGUGGCGUGAAGAGUUGACGAGAAAACCUAUGGAUCUUUCUGAAGAAGCAGCUUGCAAGAUCCUUGAAAUAUCCUUGGAGGAUGUAUCUGGUGAUGCUGUAAAUAAAAAGCAUUCUUUGGAGGUAUCAGAUGAAACAUCUAGCUUAUCAAAGCAAAUUGAAAAUAUUGACGAGGAAAAGUUAAAGCGACAAUAUCGAAAACUUGCUAUGAAAUAUCAUCCUGACAAAAACCCUGAAGGAAGGGAGAAGUUUCUUGCUAUACAGAAGGCUUAUGAACGCCUCCAGGCUACAAUGCAAGGAUUGCAAGGUCCUCAGCCUUGGAGAUUGCUUCUUUUGUUGAAGGGGCAAUGCAUUUUAUACAGAAGAUAUGGAGACAUAUUGGAGCCAUUCAAAUAUGCUGGCUAUCCCAUGUUGUUAAGUGCUGUUACUGUGGACAAGGAUGAUAACAAUUUUCUUUCUUCAGAUAGAGCACCUCUUCUUGUUGCAGCAUCAGAGCUUGUUUGGCUGACAUGUGCAUCUUCUUCACUGAAUGGAGAAGAGCUGGUGAGAGAUGGAGGAGUGCAACUUCUUGCAACCCUUCUUUCCCGUUGCAUGUAUGUUGUUCAGCCAUCUACUCCUGGAAAUGAACCAUCUGCCAUUAUUGUUACAAACAUCAUGCGAACAUUUUCAGUUCUUAGUCAAUUUGAGGCUGCCAGAUCUGAGAUACUCGAGUUUUCUGGGCUAGUUCCAGACAUUGUGCACUGCACUGAGUUUGAGCUUGUACCAGGAGCUGUUGAUGCUGCUCUACAGACUAUUGCCAAUGUUUCUGUUUCAUCUGAAUUGCAGGAUGCUUUAUUGAGGGCUGGUGUUUUAUGGUACCUAUUGCCGCUGCUGCUUCAGUAUGAUGCAACUGCUGAAGAACCGGAUGCAACAGAAUCACAUGGUGUUGGUGCCAGUGUUCAAAUUGCCAAAAACAUGCAUGCCAUACGGGCAGCCCAGGCUCUGUCAAGGCUCAGUGGUUUGUGUGGUGAUGAGAGCUCAACUCCUUACAAUCGGGCGGCAGCAAAUGCCCUCAGAGUUUUGCUAACACCUAAGCUUUCUAGCAUGUUACGAGACCAAUUACCUAAAGAUUUGCUGUCCAAGUUGAAUGCAAACCUGGAGUCUCCAGAGAUUAUAUGGAAUUCUUCAACACGGGGAGAGCUGCUGAAAUUUGUGGAUCAGCAGCGUGCAGCUCAAGGUCCUGAUGGUUCAUACGAUAUCAGAGACUCACAUGACUUUGCCUAUAAAGCACUAUCAAAGGAAUUGUUCAUUGGCAAUGUUUACUUGAGGGUCUACAAUGAUCAGCCAGAAUUUGAAAUUAGUGAACCAGAAGCUUUUUGUGUUGCUCUAGUUGAUUUUAUAUCUUAUGUUGUGCACAACCAUCCUUUUGAGGAUGCUGAUCAAUAUGUUGAUGGCAUCUCUUCUCCUGCUCAGAAUUAUGAGGAUGCUGUUGAUGGAUUUGUGAGUGAACAGCCUGUCCUAGAUAAUUCUAGCACAAUAUCCGAGGAGCAAGUUGUUGGGAAGGAAGAAGCCGAGCUAGUUAAAAGUCUCCGUUCCGCAUUGAUCUCCCUACAGAACCUAUUGACUAAUAAUCCAAAUUUGGCAUCCAUAUUUUCCAAUAAAGACAAGUUACUGCCUCUUUUUGAAUGCUUUUCUGUCCCUGAAACAUCAAACAGCAACAUCCCUCAACUUUGUUUAGGAGUGCUGUCACUCUUGACGGCACAUGCUCCUUGUUUGCAAGCCAUGGUUGCAGAUGGAUCUAGUCUCCUUGUUUUACUACAAAUGCUUCACUCAUCCCCGAGUUGUCGUGAAGGGGCUCUCCAUGUUCUCUAUGCAUUGGCAAGUACACCUGAACUGGCCUGGGCAGCUGCCAAGCAUGGUGGUGUUGUCUACAUUCUUGAACUACUGUUGCCUUUGAAAGAAGAAAUUCCACUCCAACAAAGAGCUAUGGCAGCCUCCUUGUUGGGGAAACUUGUUGGGCAACCAAUGCACGGUCCAAGAGUUGCUAUAACACUUGCAAGGUUUCUUCCAGAUGGCCUUGUAUCAGUAAUUAGGGAUGGACCUGGUGAAGCUGUUGUUGUUGCGCUUGAGCAGACUACUGAGACACCAGAACUUGUGUGGACGCCAGCAAUGGCAGCUUCCUUGUCUGCACAGAUUUCAACCAUGGCAUCAGAAUUAUAUCGGGAGCAGGUGAAAGGCCGUGUUGUUGAUUGGGAUGUACCCGAGCAGGCAUCUGGGCAGCAGGAAAUGAGAGAUGAGCCACAGGUUGGUGGCAUCUAUGUUCGUCUAUUUUUGAAAGAUCCCAAAUUUCCAUUGAGAAAUCCUAAAAGAUUCUUGGAAGGCCUUCUAGAUCAGUAUUUGUCAUCCAUUGCUGCCACACAUUAUGACACUCAGGUUGUUGACCCAGAGUUGCCUUUGCUUCUAUCAGCUGCAUUAGUUUCAUUGCUUCGUGUUCAUCCUGCACUAGCAGAUCACGUUGGAUAUCUUGGAUAUGUCCCAAAACUAGUUGCUGCUGUUGCAUUUGAGGGAAGGCGAGAAACAAUGUCAUCAGGUGAUGCGAAUAUUGGAAAAAAUGCAGAUAAAACAUAUGACCCUGAUAAUGGAUCAACAGAGCACACACAAACUCCUCAAGAACGUGUGCGGUUGAGUUGUUUGCGUGUCUUGCAUCAACUUGCAGCUAGUACCACAUGUGCAGAAGCUAUGGCAGCAACAAGUGUAGGAACCCCUCAGGUAUGAGAUUACAUAUUCUGGAAUGUCUAAAAUGUAUUUACUGUGGGAGACAGAGAGGAGAAUGUGAGCUAGAUUACCUUUAUAUAUAUUAAU